CUCUGCGCGCAGCAUUUUGGGAACGCGUGGUAUUCUGGGAGCGCGGGACCCGCCAUUCCUUGGCUCACACCUUCGCAGUUGCUUGAGUUGCUGCCACACGGGAAAGGAAGAGUAGGCCGGAGCCGGUGAGAACUCUUUUCCUGCCAAGAUGUCUAUUGGUGUGCCGAUUAAAGUCCUACACGAGGCUGAGGGUCACAUCGUGACAUGUGAGACAAACACCGGCGAGGUGUAUCGUGGGAAGCUCAUUGAGGCGGAGGACAACAUGAACUGCCAGAUGUCCAACAUCACAGUCACAUACAGAGACGGCCGAGUGGCACAGCUGGAGCAGGUGUACAUCCGUGGCAGCAAGAUCCGCUUUCUCAUCUUGCCUGACAUGCUGAAAAAUGCACCCAUGUUAAAGAGCAUGAAAAAUAAAAACCAAGGCUCAGGGGCUGGCCGGGGAAAAGCUGCUAUUCUGAAGGCCCAAGUGGCUGCAAGAGGAAGAGGACGUGGAAUGGGGCGUGGAAACAUCUUCCAGAAGCGAAGAUAAAUUUAUCUGUUGAACUGAACUUUGUCGUUAUUUUUUCCCUUAGGUUGUCUGGGUUCAGGGGGGUGUAUGCUUAUGUAUAUGUUCUAGGUUUUCUUUUGACAUCUUUCUCUUUAGAGCAGAGGAAAUGUUAAACUAAAUAAAUAUGGUGGUGAUUGUU